AUGGGAUCAGGACACAGUUCACCUGAGGUAAUAAACAAUACGCGGGCUUCAAAAGAUGUUAAUGAAAAGUAUGCUUUGAAUGUAAUGAUUAGACCGAUUGAAAAAGAGUUGGAGCAGAUUGAAGAAGUUGGGAAUGCCUCAGAGGAAAAUAAUGAAUACAUAGGAGGUAAAGAAAAAUACGAGGGCGGGGAGGAGGAGAACAAAGAUAUAGUUGCAAACAAAAGUAAUGAUGGUAAUGAUAAAAAAAUGAAAAGUAAAAUUAAAAGUAAUGAUACUGUUGUUAUUAAAAGGAAAAAGAUAAAAAGAGCAGUUACAAAGAAAAAAAUAGACUAUUCUGAUAAUCAUUACUAUAGAAAAUAUCAACCUGCUUUCAACAGUAGGGUAACUACUAAAAAAACCAGCAGAAACACCAAUAGUGAUACUAUUAUUCGGGGUAAAAUGGUUCGUCGUAGUACACCUGUUGAUAAUAGUCGCAGCAAUCUCAAUGUUUCUAAUCGUAAUCGCUUUCGUAUUAUUCAUGAUGACGAAGACAUUGAUAGUGAUAAUAAGGAGGAAAAGGUAGAUAGUAAUAAUCAGGGAGAUGAUAAUGGCGUUAAAAAGAAUGUAAAAAGAAAAAGAAAAAAUGACGAUAACAAAAAAUCUACACCACCACGUUCCACAAGUCUUCGACCACAAAGAAAGGCUACCAAAAAAAUAAUUAAUUAUUCAGAACAAGACUAUUACAGAAAUCAAAGAAGAUCAUAA